UGAGUGUGUGAGAGUGUGUGAGAGUGUGUGUGUGUGUGUGGUGUGUGAUAAAAACUAGCACUAUUAUCUGCUUCAGUUAUAUGGCAGUAUAGCAUUGAAGUGCCAACAUCUUGUGUUCUAUGAAAGCAGGAUUUACAUCAGAAAAGGAUACAUACAUGUGUAGGCCUAUGAAACAAAGCAAGAAUGAAAGCCACAACUUCCAUCACGAACUCCAACCUCAUUCUAUUGCUGUUCUGUGUUCUUUGCCUGCAGAUCAUUACAGCAACACGCGAUUGUCCUAGAGGUCAGUUGAAGCAUGGUGACAAAUGCUGUAGACCAGUUUUGCAUUGUCCAGCAGGUUCUUAUGUGAAAACGUGUGAGCGGAAUGGUAACUGUGACGAGUGUUUGCCUUGUACCAGAGGAACUAAGAACCCAUUCAUCACUUCAUCAUUUGAUGUCAAGAAAUGCUAUAAAAACGACUGCCCCACAGAUGCCUUCAGAGUCUCUGGCAUCAAAUGCGAGUGUGCUCUUCAUGAUGGUUACGUGGGGGAAAACUCUCACUUCUGUCAGAUAAGCCCUCUCGAGUGCGCGAAAGGAAAGGAAUUAACUCAUGAAGGUAAAUGCGAGGAUUGUGAGAACAACCACUACAAAUACUGGGUCGGAAAAGGUUACUGCAUCAGAGACGUCGAUUGUUCCAUGAUAGGUUUGAAUAAAACAGCCGGAAAUCUUGCAACCCCUACCAUAUGUCUGGGCCUUGAAGAUAAAUGUUCUCCAAAAGAAAGAAAGCCACCGUUGCCGCCAGACGUGAGGCCACAAACACCAACGACAGUCAGGGUCUCCUCCUCCGCUACAACAACAACAACAACAACAACUCCCUCUGUUCCAGUGGCAACAACAGUAAGAAGAACAGCAACGAAAAGGCUUUUAACGAAAAGAACAGAAGAAUCGAAACCUACAGCCUUCAUUCCUCCCGUGACUGAGAAGUCGGAGAGUGUGAGCAUGGAGGGGAGAAGGACAUCGACCCUGAGAAGCAACAGGAAUGAUUUUGAUGUGUUUAGAGCCCAGUACAUCUACGCAACAGUCAUUGGUGUACUUAUUAUAAUUGUCAUCAUACUAAUUGCUUACAUUGUAAGAAUAAAACAUCAAAGCCGCAAGAAACAAAAGAGACAUGACAACAACUACCAGUCAAUUGAUCAAGUGCGGAAAGUCUCACCCAAUGACACACAAAGGCCGCUUCCUAAAAAACCCAGCUCAAGCAAUUUGAUCGACACAUACAUGGAAAUGGGAAAGUCUGGUAGCACUCUCAAAAGUUCUGUACCAUAUUUCAUCAGCAGCCCUUAUGAUCCUUCUACUUUGACCAGAUUAAUCCAGCCGCCAGGGGUAGAAAUCCCUAUACUUCCCCCCAUCUAUCAACAAACCACACAAUCUAUGAUGGGAUUUAGGCACUGUUCUCCUCCACGUCAAGAAAGCAAUGCAUCCGGAGAAGAAUUGGGCCUAGGAAGCUCUUCGUCGAUUCGUGAUUGUUCUAUUAGUAGCGAGACUGCUUUGAAAGUACCAGAUGCUACUGAGCCAAACUCAAACAGAUUUGAUGCAGCCACCAUGACUGAAGCAACAAGGGCUGAACUAGCGGCAGUUGACCCAGUGAGAGUUGAGCCAUUUAGACGGGACUUUGAACCCUCCUAUCAGGAUGCUAUAUCCCUACAUUCAACCAGCCAAUAUUCGCCAGCCUUUCAUUGCAUUCAACAACCCCAAGUGACACAAACAGGCAUUGUUCUCCCUCAGUUUGUGCAUUAUACUCAGCCAAUGAACAAGACGAGAAACAGGGAAUACGUGUAACAACAGCACUAACCGCAUAACCAGUAUGAAUAUAUAUAAAUUCAAAAUAAGCAACGGGAUAUCAAGAGGUGAUGCAGUGCAACCAUUUGAAGCGGCUCUAUUUAAUUGAACAAUGCAAUCAUUACACCAAUUUAAAUGCAGGGCAAUCCUCAGUUGCAUAAAUAAAUAAAUAGAAUUUUUGAUCAGUUGGACACAUCAAUAUAAUUUUACGCAAAAGCUCUAAUAGAGCAAGAAGACUGAAAGUGCCCAUGUUGCUACUAAUGUAGGACCCCAGACAAAUCAAUGCACUGAUCCCUUUUCCACAAUCCCUUCCCUUUUCAAGUAAAACUUGAAAAAGUUAAUCAGGGCUUGGCCAUAGAGAAAAGUAUCUGUCUUCAGCCCUUUCAGUCUGGUCCACUACACAACCUUUUUACGCUAAGGCCAUACUGGUACUAGCUGUCCCUUUCUAUCUUCCGCUAAUUCUAGAAAUUUAUAGAUCUUGCCAUGAUAGUCAGUUAUUAUGACCUUGUUUUCUCUGCCUCUCUUCCUUUAACUCUUCAGCAUUCAAACUGGCCAUGUCCGGCCAAAAUAUUUAACUUGUUUUAUGUUGAAACUGGUCAGAUCUGGCCUCUCACCUCAGUCCUACAAUGUCAUUCUAAUACUAAACAACCGCACCAGCAAAAUCUCUAAACUACAAGACAAUGCAUGAUUAUUUCAAAACAAUAUAAAUAAACAAACAUCACAUUUGACAGAAUAAUCUGAACAGAAAAGGGUUAAACUUUCCUCUGUAUCUUAUACUAGUUGUUGACCAAAGCUUUCUAUUAAGGUCCUAUUUAAUUCUCUCUCUGAUGAUGAAAGACAUCACCACUCUAUAGCUGGCUACUGUCCUUUUUCAAGGAAAUGCACCAUCUGUACAUCUAGUCUUGAAACAGGUGUAAGGAACUAUUUGCACACUUUCUUACUUCAUUCCUUCUCAUCAUAUAUACUCACGUAACAACUCAAACUUCGUUUUAAUACAUGAAUAUCAUAAUUUAACUUCAUACCAGUUAUUUGCCCACUUAUAUUUC